UAGAAGAGAGACAAUAACAGAAUUACUAAAAAUUUAGAGGCUACAAAAGGACAAGUCCAAACAUAUUCACACACUUGCAAAGCUUUUCUUAUAUAUGUGUGGUGUCUCUCUUUGACUUGUCUCUUCCUAUAUCACUCAUUAUUUACGUAUCCAUCUCUCCACACAUCUCUCUCCAUCUCACACACAUCUUCCUCUUAAUACAUUACUAUAUAUGCAUAUAUCUCUCAUUCUUUAACUUCUUCAUAAUCAACAUCAACAAAAACUCCUCUUCUCCUUUAGUGAUAUUCAUCUCUUGAUGGAAGCGUUUGAAGAGGCCAUAGCGGCUUCAAAGGAGCAAUCAUUAAUCUUUAAAGGGAAGCGUACAAAGCGACAACGUCCACAGUCUCCUGUUCCUUUCUCCAUCUCCCCUCCUAUAGUUUAUUCCCAUGCACGCGACAUUGAAGAAGAAUCUAAAAAGGAUGGUGUAAUCACGUCUUCAUCUUCAUCAGCCUCUUGGUUCUCUAACAACAACGCAACAUUGAAGGCUGAAGAAGACGAGGAAGAGCAAGACAUAGCCAACUGUUUGAUCCUCCUGUCCCAAGGUCACUCUCUUCCCAUACCUAACCACGAAGCAAACAACAAUAACACGUAUAAAUUUAGCAGCAGGAGGUUUCUAGAGACUUCUUCAUCUAACGGUGGUGGCAAAGCCGGUUACUACGUAUAUCAAUGCAAAACAUGUGACCGGACCUUCCCUUCUUUUCAAGCUUUAGGCGGCCAUAGAGCUAGCCACAAGAAACCCAAAGCCACGUUAUCCUUAUACUCCAACAUUGACGUUAAGAAGAACAUCUACGAAAGCGAAGCCGUUUCACUCGUCACAACUUCAACUAUUUACAACAACAACAACAACAACAAGAACAAUAACAAUAGAUCGGUUGCCGUGUAUGGUAAGGCAGGUAGCAAUAAGGUUCAUGAAUGUGGAGUCUGUGGGGCCGAGUUUACGUCUGGGCAAGCCUUAGGUGGCCAUAUGAGACGGCAUAGAGGCGCGGUGGUUGUUGCUGCGGCACCGGUUAACACUGUAACGGUGGCCAUGACUGCUGCUAACACGGAGUUAUCACUGUCUUCCAUGUCGUUCGAUCAAAUAUCUGACGGUCAAGAUCAUCUGGUGAUGCCAGCUACAAAGAGAGCUAAGAAGCCGGUCGUGUCAUUGGAUUUGGAUCUGAAUCUACCCGCACCGGAAGAUGAGAAUCGGGUCAACGGUUUCACCUUUGCUUUGAAGCAAAAACAGGAACAAGAACACCAACCAACGAAGCAAAGAGAAGAACCAAAGUGUCUUCUUUUGUCUGCUCCUACUUUGGUGGAUUGCCAUUACUGAUAAACAUCAUAACCUAUAAAAAAAAACAGAAAAUCAUUUUAAAUAUUUUUUUCUUUUUUUUUAUUUACUGGAAAGGGUAAUUCAUUGUUUGUAUAUCAAAUGUUUUUUUUGUAUAACCGAUUCUUUGCUUGUUAAAGACUUGCUAGAUUCUUUA